CAGUGCUGAGUGGGCUGUUCAAUUUUCAGCUCUGUGUGGACCUAUUGAAGACUACUCUUGGCAUAUUUCUGUCAUUUACUGAAGUCAUUUGUAAUAUUUGGAUGUUUUAAAAAAUGGAUAUACCAGCCAGCAUGCUCUUCAGUUGACAUUUUUCUUCUUUUUGUAUAUCCCUUGGAAUGGGGAUGCAACUUAGUUCAAGACCACCCACCAACAUUUCUCUUUUCACUCGUUAUUGUUGUUCAUGGUUAUUGAAAUACCCUAGUAAUGUGGCACAAUAUGUAAACCAAACUGUUUGUUAGCCAUUAAUUAUGUUUCAUUUUCUUUCCACAGUUAAAUUGAUUUCUCAGACUUUUAUCAGGCCUACCAAGUGAAACAGGUGAUUAUUGCUGUGAGUUGAGCUCAGAAUGGCAGUAGUCAUCCGUUUACAGGGGCUUCCUGUUGUUGCGGGUUCUGCAGAUAUUCGCCGUUUCUUCUCAGGAUUGGAAAUUCCUGAUGGAGGUGUACAUAUCAUUGGAGGAGAAAAAGGGGAAGCCUUUAUUAUCUUUGCAACAGAUGAAGAUGCACGACAAGGAAUGAGCUUUUCAGGAGGAUUUGUCAAGGAUUCACGUAUUGAGCUUUUCCUCAGCAGCAAGACUGAAAUGCAGCAUAUAAUAGACGUUAGUCGAAACAGAUCUGAUCACGGUGGGAGAGAGACAGGAACUGGGUCUAGAUGGGCAGGUUCUAGUAAUUCAGGAGCUGGGAACCUUUCAAACCUAGUUGCAGCGAUUAAAAAAGGAAUUGGAAAAUCCAGCUAUGGUUCCCUGGAUCACGUGGAGGAUGACUUUCAUUCCAGUGGUUCUCAUAACAGUGAUACAGAGGUUUCAAAAUCAAUUUCUAAUCAGUCCAAGAAAGAGUCAUUUAACUCGGAAAAUGUGUACGUGUUUCUUCGUGGGUUGCCUUACACAGCAUCAGAAGAUGAUGUCCUUAAUUUCUUCUCAGAAUUGCAAGUGGAGGGAGUGAUCCUGUUACAAAAUGAGAAUGAUCUACCAAGUGGUGAUUGUGUGGUAAAAUUUGCUACACCAAAUGAUGCCGUGAAAGCACUGCAACGUAAUCGGGAGUAUAUGGGUUUAAGAUAUAUAGAAGUACGUCCCUCUAAUAAAGGAACAUGGUUUAAGUACAGUAGAAGUGGAGAUGAGCAAAUGGAUAAUUCUUUCAAAAGCUUUGCUCAGUUAAAUGAGGAAAGUUCUCCAAGCAGAGAAUAUUCAAGAAGAGAAUCAAAUUACAUGCCUGCAAGACAACAGUCACAUUCAAGGACUCCUCCAAGGAGACAUGUAGCACGCUCCCGUUCACCGUCUGCUCCAAGGAGAUAUUUGGCACACUCUCAUUCAACGUCUCCUUCAAGGAGAUAUUUGGCACACUCUCGUUCACCGUCUGCUCCAAGGAGAUAUUUGGCACGCUCUCGUUCACCGUCUGCUCCAAGGAGAUAUUUGGCACGCUCUCGUUCACCGUCUGCUCCAAGGAGAUAUUUGGCACGCUCUCAUUCAACAUCUCCUUCAAGGAGAGCUGUGGUGCAUUCCCGUUCAGGCUCUCUUCAGAGGACAGCUGCGGCACGCUCCCGUUCACCUCUCUCCCAUUCCACCCUGCCUCAUUCAUCAAACAGUACGGAGUUUUAUAUACAUAUAAAAAAUCUGUCACCUGCUGUUGAGAAAAGAGAUUUGAGAGUAUUCUUCAGAGAGCUAGAUAUAACUAACCGUGACAUUACACUUUUAAAGUCAGAUAGUAACUAUGAAAAAAAAAGGGAAGCGUUUGUGCUGUUCAGAUCAUUCAGCGAAUAUCAGACUGCACUGAAGUAUCACAAGGAGAAUCUUUUUGGUCAAGCAGUUCUCAUUUUCCCCACUUCUAAAAAAUCAAUUUUGCAAAUCAUUGAACCUUCAGGAAGUAAAAGAUCAUCAGAAAGGCAUCACCAUGCAAAGGAAAAAAGGGAUGGAUAUGCUGGCCAAAAGACUUGCGUAUAUGUAAGGAACUUUCCAUUCGAUGUGACAAAUGUUGAAGUUCAGAAGUUCUUUGCAGGAUUUAAUAUUGAUAACAGUGACAUACAUUUGCUUUAUGAUGACAAAGGAAUUGGAUUGGGAGAAGCACUGGUCAAAUUCAGAUCUGAAGAUCAAGCCCGGAAAGCCGAGAGUUUAAAUCGUCGACGGUUUUUGGGAACAGAAGUACUACUAAGGUGUAUACCUGAGGAGCAAAUGCAGGAAUUUGGAAUUCACAUCUCAUCAAUGUCUAGUGAAAAAAUGCAGGCUCACCCCCAUGCACAUGCCAGAAGUGAACAUUUUUAUGCAGGUGGUUCUCAAGGGCCAGCAGCGCAGGGAAACCUAAAGCAUCCGUCUGAUUAUAGAUGUUCUGAUGACUUCCUGUGCUCACCUGAUCGUUUUAGAGGUCCUCCAUCUUUUCCAGAUUUCCACAGUGAAGGUAAUCCUGGAGGUUUCCCUGAGGGGCACUUUAUGCCCGACUCUAAUUUCCGUGGUGGUUCUGAUCGCGUCACACUGAUCAAAAUGAAGAAUAUACCAUUUCGAGCGACUCCUAAUGAAAUUCUGGAUUUCUUCCAUGGCUAUAAGAUCAUACCAGAAUCACUUUCUAUUCAUCACAAUGAUUAUGGAUUGCCUUCUGGAGAAGCUACCCUUGCUCUGGUGAAUUAUGAUGAGGCCAUGGCAGCUGUUAAUGAAUUGAACGACCGGCCAUUUGGCCACCGCAAAGUUAGGCUAACCUUAGCAUAGAUGAAAAUGUGCUGAAGAAGAAAAUAAAAUACAGUUACAGUAUUACGUUAGAGCCAGACUUGCAUUUUUAUUACUGAGAAAUGGGGGGCAAAACCCCUUAAAAUGUUUGUAAAUAAUUUUACAUCUAGUUUAAAUUUUAUAUUUUCCUCCCUGAACUUUAGGGGAGUUUUGGACAGCAUUCGAUCAUUUCAAUAGUUCUAACACACUGACUUGCCAAGUGUGUAUCUAUGUGUAUGGCUGUAUAUAUUUUACAGCAUAUUUAAAUAUGCUGUUUUGCUAAUCUGCAUUUUCCGAGCCAUUAGUCAGCAAGCUUUAAGUCCCCGCUCUAAAUACUACGAACAUGCUAGUUGUAUGAGUUUAAGUCCCGCUCUAAAACUACAAACAUGCUAGUUGUAUGAGUUUAUCUUCUCGCCCAUUGUUACAUUCAACGGCAAGUUAAAUUCUAAGUGUUUUGGUAAUGUCUCCUCCACAGUUCUUUAAAAAUAAAUUAC